CAGCCAUUCCAUGACUCGUCGUGCUCGCUAACCACAUCCUCUCACACGCCAUCCUUGACUCCCCAGUCCCUCCCUCCCUUCUCACCCAGCGUCCAAUGGACCCAGCCCAGCAGUCGCCCACCCAUGAAAAGUCUGAGAAGCCUUCCAAUCUCCGCGCAAAGCGCUCGCGCAAGGAUCGACCUUGCGAUCACUGCCGCAUAUCCAAACGUUCAUGCCUUAUCACCGUCCGCGGAGCUGCAUGUGAGCAUUGCGCCCGCGCCGGUCGUGAGUGUUCGUUCCGAGCCCCUCCGUUGAACCGCCACCGCAAGUCUAGCACAACGCCGACCUCGACCACCAAUGGGUAUGGGCCGUCGUCGACGGAGGCAGGCACGUCAUCUCUCGCCUCGAGGUUUGGAAGCACGACCGGCCUGGGAAGUGGGCCGUCCCAGUCGCCGUCAUGCUGGAUGGGCGAGCGCAGCACCCUCUCAUCGGCACGUCCACAACCUGGUAGCGGGGUGCGGGCUUUCCUCGAUACUCUGGACGAGCGUGUUGCUCAGCAAGAGGAGGAAGAUACGCUUGGAUACUCGUCCCUGGAUGCGGACGUGACCGAGGAGGAGGAGUCUCACUAUCUCGGCUCUGGAGCGGUCGCCCAGCUUGCAUCUGUGUCGCUGGACUCACGACUCGAGAACGGCGCAACAGAUCUGCCGUAUCGCCAGGUUGCUGAUCCACGUAAUCCCGCGUUCUUCCUCAAGAAUCCGUCGCGUGUCUAUGGCCAUUCGAACGCCGCAUUUGUCGCAGAAAAAGCCUAUCAGGAUGUCCUAGCGAUCAUCAAUGGCGUUGACCCAACUUUGCCCGAGCGUCUUAUUCAGCACUUCAUGACCCGCACUCUGCCCGCUCUCCCCAUCCUGAACAGGCAGCGGUUCGAAGCGUGUCUUCAGGGCUGGCAAGGUGCUGGGACCUUCCCGUACGCGCUGCUCAUUGGCAUUUUCUCGCAUGCGGCCGUGCAUGAAAUCACACUGCGACCCCACUCGAAGCAGUUGUGGUCCAUUUGCUGUCACGUCAUUGACAACGAGUACCGCCAGGCUCGCUUGCAGACACUUCAGCUCGAGAUCAUAUGCCUGGCUGGCCGGCCGAUUUUGAACCCGGGCGGGAAUCAUGUGGGGAUCUGCAGGUCACUGGGUGUUCUGCAGCUGCUUGGGUUGCAUCGCGACUGCUCGCGAUGGAAGCUGCCAAAGUGGGAGCGCGCCCUGCGCAAGCGCCUGUGGUGGAAUCUCUACGUGAUGGACAAGUGGAAUGCGUACACAUAUGGGCGUCCGGUCAACAUAGAGGCCACGCGCAGCUCCAUUCCAACCCUGUCCUUUGAAGAUGGCGACGGUGUCGGCGCCACAACGCCCAAAGAGUCGGAGAUUGCAGUCUUUGUGGCGAUGUGCAGGUUGAGCUCCGUCCUCGAGGGUUUGCUCCCGCUUGUGCUCGACCGAGACACAUAUCCGCGGCGGCUCAACCUUGACCGAUCUCUGCUGCGCCACGGAGCCAGCGAUCUUGAGACGCUAUAUCGAGACCUACCGGACGAUCUUUUGUUUGAUCCUGCACAGCCAUCUCCAAGACCUGGGAGUCGCUCGCUCCAGCUCUCCCAUUUGGGCGUUGAGCUGCUGAUCUGUCGAUUGGGUCUCGAGAGGGAGGAAUUUGAAUAUCCUCACCAUCUCAUCGCCGCCAACAAGCAGAUGUUGAUCGUCAUCGAGCACAUGGCGGUGUUUAUUGAAAGCCUCCGACCAGAAGACUUUGACGCAUUCUGGGCGCCGUGGUCGGCAUACCAGCUCACCAAUGCCAUCACAUUGCUUCUGCAACAGGCAAUUCGAGUGCACACCUGCGCCAACGUAGUGCAGAAUGGCGGACCUGUGCCUGCCAACAUUCUGCCAGCGAUACGAGACGCAGCGAUCGACACGGCACUGGCGGAGACGAUUGCGCUGUUGCAGCGUGUUUUAACGGCGGUCCAGGGUGUGAGCACGCAGUGGGAGGUAGCUGGCUCGGCAAUGCCCCGCAUCAACAGCCUUAUUAAAAGCAUGCCCGCCAUUCCUGGUAUUGAAGGCGUGCAGGCACUUCUCUUGCCCGAUCCGCCUGCCUUCGGGGCGGUCCUGGACUUGGAGCCGGACGUGGAUAUUCUUGCCUUGUUCGACUGGCUUACUGGAGACAUCUCGAGCGGUUUGCAGGGCGGCGCGGGAGGCGUGUGUUGAGUAGCAUGUUUGGUUGUAUAGGCAAUGCAUGUACAUUAAUAAGUGAC